UGGGUAUGCAUCACGGAUGUCGAUAAUCGUGCGACGUUAUCGUGUUGACGAUUGUCUUGCUUCAUAAAAGCGGAAAAACGCUCGCUCGUCUGUGCGAUAUCGUCAACUCAAUUCAAAUUUGUCUUCACGUAAAAGUUUGAAGAGCCAUGUAUUUUUAAUUUAACGUCAGUAGUUGCACGAUAGAGAAUUUAAUAUCGUUUCAAAAAAAAUUCAAAUCUAUUGAAAAUGUUCCGAAGAUCUGCCGCUGUUUUAAUAGUCGAAAGCGAAAGAGAGCAUUUAGCCGAGAUUCGGCGUCGUCGAAGUUUGCGGGAUAGCUCCAAUCCAUUGUCGCUUCCAGAGAAAAGGUACAUAUCGAUGGCCCUGUGCAAUAACGACACAAUUCAAAAUUCAAAAAAGAAAAACUGUUACUACUAUUAAGUGGCUCUUGUCUCUAAUCCUUGUCUAAUACAUUUCCAUCCCUUACUUAAGUAAGUAAGGAUUGGUAAAUAAAGUAAGUACAAAAGAUUAGAUCUGGAUUCGACAAGGAUUAGAGACAUGAGCCACUUAACAGUAGUAACAGUUGUAAUUUUUUGAAUUUUGAAUUGUGUCGUCAUUGCACAGGACCAGCGAUAUAUAUGCAAAAAUAUUCUAUAAUUUUUUUUGUUAAUUUUGUUUACAUAUGUAUGUACAUACAUACAUAUAAAUAUAUAUAUAAUGCAUUUCAUUCAAGCUUCGUUAAACGAUUUCGUCUGUCUCGCGAAGCCUUUUGUUAUGUGCUUCGAAUAACAGCUGACAAUAAGGGAAGUCGUUCAACCUAUAUUCCUCCAAUCCUAAGACUGUGUGCGACAUUGGAAGUCCUUGGAGGAGGUGGCUAUCAAUGGCUAACCGGAAAUGACUCCCGCGUUUCUGUAGCCCAAAGUACGCUCUCGGGAAUAGUCACAGAAACUAUUAGGAAGCUGGAAGCCGUACUGUGUCCUCUAUGGAUUCAAUGGAGAGUACAUAAUCCAAGUGAUGCGGCAACAACAAAGCAGUGGUUUUACCGGAAGUAUGCAAUACCAGGAGGUGAUUCACAUAAAUUUAAUAAAUUUUUUCAAUAAAAAAAUUAUUGUUUUCAGUUAUCGGUUGUGUGGAUGGUACGCACCUUUUCUUCCAAAGGCCCACGCAAAAUGAAGAGAUUUACUUCAACCGAAAAGGAAGACACAGCCUAAAUGCAAUGAUCAUUUGCGAUCAUAAAAUGAAUAUAAUGGGAAUUAACGCUAAGUAUGGAGGAUCAGCACAUGACUCAUUGGUGUGGAAACAUUCCAAUGAACGCGCGUAUUUCGAAAAUAUUUUUAACGGACGGGAACACGGCCAUUGGCUUCUUGGAGAUAGUGGGUAUCCUCUUGAACCGUGGUUGUUGACACCUUAUAGAACUUCUACUGACAUUAGUAGGACCAAGUUUAAUGAAGUUCACGCAAAGGCAAGAAACAUUGUUGAAAGAUGUAUUGGAGUUUACAAAGGUCGAUGGAGAAUUUUAAUGGAAGAACGAAAAAGUAAAUACGAUCCAAAAAAAAUUGCCAUUUUUGCGAAUGCAUGCGCUGCAUUACACAACAUAUGCAUUCAAUAUAAUGUCCAACACCUUAACGUUGAAGCGAAUCCUUUGAACGACGAAGUUUUUGAACCUGCCGCUGGUACAUCUGAAAAUUCCCGAAACAGCAACAAGCAAAUAGCCGAGAAAAUAAGGGAUAAUAUUAAAACUUCAUUGGCUUUAAUUUAGCCAAUUGUUAAAAAUUAAACAAAAUUCAUACAUAUGUAUGUAUAUACAGUGACUC